ACGGUCAGCUGACAUUGUCAUAUUGUCUCUCACCGAGCCAAGCCUCGGCUAUAACACUCGGGUUUGUGCGUCUUAACCGGAGAUUGGAAAUUAAUAAUAUUGAAUCCUCAAAGUAGCCCACGGUCCAGUAAGAGAGGCAGAAAGUCGAGGGGGAAAAAAGAAGACCUUGGAGAAAGGUGUGGUUGUUUGACACACACACUCACCGGGAAGGAGAUUUACUGAGAAGGAGAUUGAAAAGAGACUCGAUAAAGAAGUGGGGAGAGUUGGAGAGAGGGUUACCAGCAAGGUAUGAAUUCUUAUUUCGCAAACCCGUCGCUCUCCUGCCAUUUAUCCGGUGGUCAAGAUGUUUUGCCUAACGUGCCCCUGAACUCCACCACCUAUGACACAGUGAGACAUUUUUCGUCGUACGGUGCAGCUGUGACCCAGAAUCGGAUAUAUGCACCUUUCUACUCCCCUCAAGAUAAUGUCGUUUUUGGCUCUGGCAGGGCACAGUAUGAGUAUGGAUCAAACGUGUUUCUUCAAGACAAAGACGUGCUGCCCAGCUGCAGGCAAACAAACAUGGGACUCAAUACACAAAGCCACAUUGCUCAAGAGUACAGUCUGGAUCAAGGAAGAGCAGGAGCUCAGGAGCAGAAAACUAACAUCCCGAUCUACCCGUGGAUGCAGCGAAUGAACUCACACAGCGCAGGAGUCGGCUACGGGACAGACAGACGCAGAGGACGUCAGAUAUACUCUCGUUACCAAACGCUCGAGCUGGAGAAGGAAUUUCAUUUCAAUCGCUACCUGACCAGGCGCAGACGCAUCGAAAUCGCCAACGCGCUUUGUUUAACGGAGCGCCAGAUCAAAAUCUGGUUUCAGAACCGACGCAUGAAAUGGAAGAAAGAGAGCAACCUGACCUCCACGGUGACUGGAAGUGAACAGACAGGAGCCUCUCAGGAGGAGGAACGCAAUGGCGAAAUGGAAGAAGGGAAGGAUGAGGACAAGAAGAAAGAAUAAAAGAAGUGUAGAGGAUAAAAAAACAAACACACCGUGGUGACCAUUAAAACCCAACAUAACUACCUAAAAAUCUAUAUGGACUUGAGAGCGACUUCACUGCAUGAUGCUACCCCGCAGCUCUCCCACUUUUAUCUCAUGUUGAGUUGAGGAGUGUUGAGCCUUAGAAAUCCGAAUUAUUUCAACCACAGUAUAACCCCCUUUUGUGACAUUUGGGGCAUUGAGUUUCUUUUUUUAUUAUUAACAUUACUGCGAUGUCACACUUGUAUUGUGAAAAUAAAAAGAAGUAUUAAUUUCUACGUUAUUUCCUAUACCAGGAAAAUGUGUGUAUUUACUCCCCUGCACCCCAUCCAUCACUGUGAACUCUGAUCAACCCACUAAAUACAGUGUUUGUCUGACUCUUACCCAUUAUUGUACAUGCACAUUCCCCGGGUGGAAAAAGGUAACCGGCCGGACACUUGAUCACAGUAAUAAUCUACUACUUGAAUUGUUCGCAAAAGAAGAAGAAUAAGAAAAAAAGUGCCCUGCAUUAACCUUCAAAGUUGCACGGAGAGUCUCCAGUCCACACACAAAACACAACUGAAAUGCCUGUAUAUAAUGAAAGUAACAGUAUAAUAUGUAAAUCCAGUGAACACUUAUGUGCAUUUAGCCGCUUCGAUAGACGCUGCAGAACAUACAAUUGCGCUUAGCCCCCCUCCUCUCUACCUUUUUAUUUUUAUUUUGGAUCAUUCGACACAAUAGGCUUCCUUGUGAGAUAGAUUUGUACACUAGUAAUUCUUCACUUUUGUUUGAGAGUUACAGAGUCAUGUUUUUGUCAUAAUUGUGUAUCAUGGAAUAAAAUAUUUGUAAAACUUU